UUAAAGGUUGUGUGGUCUGUCCCGACACAGCUGAAGUCACUGACUUGGAUACGGUUUUCUAGACAUACCACAGAGAAGCUAAAGUUGUGAAUCGAGAUAACCGCAAAACUCAAAAAAAUGUCAUCUUUCAAGGACGCCCACUGUCUUUUCCUGGUAGUCUUCAGCAUCACACUGUGUAUAUGUAAAGGUGCAGAGUUUGUUAUCAGAGCAAUCAAAGGAGAAACUGUCCAUCUGCCGUGUCUCUCGCACCCUUAUAACAGUUACCUAAGUUCUGUAGUGUGGACAAAAAAUAGUCAAACAGCAAACGUUAUUUGUAAACAGACGGUAUGCGAAAAUAAAGCUUCGUCUGGAUAUUGCGUUUCCCCUUUUAGAGUUACGGCUUUUAACCUAAAUAUUGAAAAUGUUCAAUUCAGUGACUUUGGCAGUUACACGUGUAAAUGGUCAAGAAUAGUUCCACCACCAACCCUCGACGACAUAACAAAUUUGACGCUCCUAGUUGAAGAUCUCUCUCUGGAGCAUCUAUACAGCCGUAAUAACAGCUGUAUUCAUCUGCUCUGCACUUUAGAGGCUCUGAACCCUGAGCAGGUGAACUUCACCUGGAGCACAGAUGGUCAAAGGUUACCACACCUGUCCUCUUCUUCAGUCAUGAGCAGCGAGCUCCAUCUGUGUGAACCAGCCGUGGAUGAUGGAGACCCAAUUACCUGUCAGGCCAGCUACUUCUACAACAAUACACUGUACAGCAUAAACAGAACAGUUGAAGCCUUCACUUAUGAGUUUGUUUUAACGACAAAAUUUUUGGUUGGUCGUGUGAUCGUUUAUAGCGUCUUCAUUCUCAUCAUUGGCUUCAUCUGGACCAUAUUCUUCAAAUAUAAAUAUCAGUCCUGGAAAGGCUAAACUUAACAUCAACAUCAGAGAGCGGUAGAGCACGGGAAUGAAAUACACCCUCAUACUUUUUGGUUUGAAUGUUGUACUGUAAUUUUAUUACAGAAUACACGAUUUUUGCUACUUUUCUUCUUUUGUACUGCCAAGAUGUAUUAUUACAUCUAUAUACUGUAAUGCUGUUCAAUAGUCUUCAUUGUACAUUUUUUAAUAAAUCAAAAUCUAACUUUAACCUAAAUAUAAGCAUCUAACAACUAAUUUGAUUUAAAUUGUUAUGUUCGUAACGUAAUGUGUAAUUCAAAAACUAUUUUUAGAAAGACGUGAAUGGAAGUAUUGUUUAAACCUAACAUCUCAAAUCCAAAUGUUUUUACAAAGCUCUGUGCUGUCUACCGAUUGUACGAAACCAGUUUUUAUUACAUGGAUGAUAUUAAAUAAGUUAUAUGAAUUGUGUGUUGUUUAAUAGAUGAUGUCCUGCCCCACACAGACUACGAGGCAUGAAUAUCAUGAACUUUUGCAAGUUUCGUAUGUCAAGCAUUCAAGGUGGAUUGUGAAAUAUUGUGGUCUGCCAUUCCAGUAUGUUUUAGCUUCUUGUUUAUGCCUUUAUUUGGAAAGCAGAACUUCAAAAAUGAUAUGUCAAAAACAUACAAAAAACUCCCUGUUUCAUUUCUUUGGCAUGUUUUUAAAAUGCAUUUUUAAACCGAUUGUCCUUCCUCUUUAAUGAGUAAAUGUGUUGCCCAUUGCAAAAGUCAUUACACCAAUAUGAUUAAAAACGAGAAGUUCUGUUUACAGAAACUCACCAAGUGUACAACCACAGGUAGCUUAAGGUUGUACUUGUUAAGAAAUAGCAGAAAAAUAAACCAAAUAUGCAUCAAAGUUUACUGGUUUGCUCAGUGGAAGAAUGAUUGUCUUUUGUGGUGAUUAAGAUAGUGGGCGGCUUUAUGGACAGGAAGUUGUAACUCGGUGUGUGUGUGUGGUGUAUAUGUUCCGAAGUGUCUCACUCGUUGAGCGCGGCUCAAAGAGGACAUUCAGUCGACAUGUUUUUAAUACAUCUUCAAAUUUAUCUUUUAGUUAUGGCUUUAAUUUACUGCUCAGAUAAAGGUACAACUAUUGUUUUAUUUAAAGGAGAAAGUGGUCACCUGCCCUGCAUCUUAAACCCUGAUAACAGAACCAAACAUUCUGUAGAAUGGAUAAAAACUAGUACAAACAGCACAACAAUUUGUAAAUGUCCAAUUGAAUAUUUGAAUGAAACUUUAUCUAAAUGUUGCAUUAACCGCUUUAAGUUAACCAAAGACUCUUUGCAACUGAAUAUAGAAAACGUUCAACCCAGUGACUUUGGUAAUUUCACUUGUAAAUGGUCAAGAAUAAUUCCACCACCAACAGUUGAUGGCAUCGAAAAUGUAAUGCUCCUAAUUGAAGAUCUCUCACUGCAGCGUCUAAACAGCAGUGAUGACUGUAUUCGUCUGCUCUGCACUUUAAAACUUGUGAACCCAGAGCAGGUGAACUUCACCUGGAGCAGAAAGGGUCAAAUGUUAUACAACAUGUCCUCAUCUUCAAACACGAGCAGCGAGCUCAAUCUGUGUGAAACAGCCUGGGAUUAUGCAAACAUUACCUGUCAGGCCAGCUACUUCUCCAACAAUACACUUUACAAAAGGAUUGAACAUUUCAACCUGAGCAAAGAGGAUCUACUGUUCACAGAAGAUGCUGUCAUGGAUCUACAGCUGCUGAUGAUCAUAUGUAGUGCUGCUGCUGCUGGCGUCAUCUUCAGUCUGAUCUUUACCGCUGUCGUUUGCAAAUGCAUAAGGAGAAGGAAUGCAAGUGACUCUAUAGUAUUCAGCAAUAAAGUGUAUGAGAACUUCAGUUUUGCCAUGAUCCGCCAGUCAACACAGAGCACACAUCCUACUGUUAAACCACAAGAAGAAUGUAUUUAUGAGAACUGAUCUCCAUACAAAAACAUUGCCUUAAUGCCAAUCUGUGCUUAAACUUGUUGAGGACAAUGUAGUGUGUGUGAUGAAGCGGUGGUCCUCAAACUGGGGCCCGCCCGGGGGCCCAGAGAUGGAUCCAGGGGGCCACAGAUUUUGUGGUAUUUUAUGAAACAUAGAAAUUUGGCAUAGAUUUUAUGCGAUCAUGCAUCAGAAAAAUAAGACCAUCAAUUUAAAGAAUUGAUGCUCCAGCAUUGUAUGACUGAAUAUUUUUUUGGUUUCAUUAAAAUUCUAAGUUUAAGAUUAUUUAAUCUGUAUUUUGGGGCCGCAAUAUUUGAGGGCCGCAAUAUUUGGGGGCAAAAAGCGAUGCACUCUUCACAACGAAAAAGUUUGAGAUCCACUGUGCUACAGAGUGCAAUUCUCCUUGUUGCUGACCGGGGCUAGUUGUCACCCUUUUAUUUAAGUGAAAAUUGUACAAGGUAGCCUAUGUUUGUUUUAGAAAUUAAUUUUCUGAACUUUUCCCUUCAGACUUUAUAGUUGGACACAUCAAUUUACCUAUGUGUGAAAAAACCCAGUCUUUUCGAUUGAGCGUUGUGUGUGGUAUGUGUGUAAAAUGCUAUCAUGUUCGAAACCAUAUUUGUUAUAUAAGUUGGCACUUUAAAACGUAAAAAAAGGUUUAAAAAAUGUAAUAUAUUUGUUUUCAUUGUGUUCAAGCAAUAUAUACAACAACUACAGUAUUAAAUGUUGAAUUUGUGUUCACGUGCAGGUAUAAAAUCCCACAGCGUAGUAACAGUCUCUCUUUACACGUUUUUGUCUGGUAAAUUAUAAUAUUAAUACUGCUUUUGCAUUGAACUGUUGUAUAAAUAAAUAAUUCAUGUGAAUAACA